AUGAAAUUCGCCACUAUAUUGCAAUAUCUGAACAAAAAUCCUGCCACCAUCAUCAAAUACUUCGAUGUCAGAUUAUUUGUACGUGAUAACAAAAAAUGGAUACUAUUCGUAUCCGUAUGUGUUCUUAUUCAGCUAUACACUAUUGUUAUAUUUCCUAUCCAGUCGAACAAGUAUCAAUUUAAUGAAAAAACUGAUCAAAAACUACUUGAUGGUUGCCGUUAUGUUUACAUUGACAUGGGAACAAAUAUUGGUAUACAAAUUCGAAAACUUUAUGAACCACAAUUGUACGCAAAUGCGCCUGUUCUCCCACUAUUCAAAGAAAUAUUUGGAAAUUAUUCAAAUGAAGUGUGUUCUGUUGGCUUCGAAGCAAAUCCUCUACAUGACAGUUACCUUAAAGAAUUUCAAACUUAUUGUUUAAAACGAGGUUGGCGGGUGAAGAUUUUCACGUCGACAGCUGUAAGUAUUAAAGAUGGAAAUGUCACAUUCCACACAGAACCGGGUAAUGAACAAAAUAACCAGUGGGGUGCAAGUUUAGUAGCUAGGCCAAAUACAGCGAAUAUAACCGUACCAAGUAUCGACGUCUUGUCGUGGUUAAAAAGCACAGUAUUAGAUCGAAAACUGUCCCCUGGAUUUCUUCCACCAAGAAUUAUGAUGAAAAGCGAUAUUGAAGGACAUGAUUCAAUGGUACUUGCGAAUCUUAUACUUAGCGGUCUUUAUUGCUCAAUUGAUCUCAUCUAUGGCGAGCAUUUAUCGCCUCAAUUUCAAGAUUCAGUUUCGUUAUUUCAACAAUAUUCAGAAUCGUGCAAAACUAAAUUAAUUAGUAUGGACGAUGAAUCGUAUCAUACAGCGAGAUUUUCUUUUAUAAUCCAAAAUUCAACUUAUUGA